AUGAAGCCCUCUGUCGCUGCUGCCCUGGCCGCCUUUGUUCUGGCAGAGGUGGUUUCCGCUGACGCCGCUGCCCGACCUCAGUUCGCCCCUACCUCGAUCCAGGCUCCCUUCAUCGAGCAGUUCACCCCAGACUGGUCCGAACGAUGGCAGUCUUCCCAAGCCUCCAAGUUCCAGAAGGAGGGCGACACCGAGGCAUUCAAGUACGACGGUGUCUGGUCCGUCGAGGAGCCUCAAGUUUUGCCCGGUCUCGCAGGUGAUGCUGGUCUUGUUCUCAAGUCCCAGGCCAAGCAACACGCUAUUUCGCACCUCUUUGAUAAGCCCAUCGACCCCAAGGGCAUGCCUCUUGUAGUCCAGUACGAGGUCAAGCUUCAAAAGGGUCUCAGCUGCGGCGGUGCCUACAUCAAGCUUCUCUCUGCCACCGAAGCCGGCGUCACACCCGAAGAGUUCUCAGACAAGACUCCAUACACCAUCAUGUUCGGUCCCGACAAGUGUGGUGCGACUAACAAGGUUCACUUUAUCUUCCGUCACAAGAACCCCAAGACGGGCGAAUACGAGGAGAAGCACGUCAAGUACCCCGUCUACCCUAAGCUCUCCAAGACCUCGACGCUGUACACCCUUGUGGUGCAGCCAGAUCAGACUUUCGAGAUCUUCAUCAACAACGAGAGCAAGAAGAAGGGUUCCUUGCUCGAGGACUUUGAGCCUCCCGUCAACCCUCCUGCCGAGAUUGACGACCCAGAGGACAAGAAGCCCGCUGACUGGGUUGAGCAGGCCAAGAUCCCUGACCCUACCGCUACUAAGCCUGAUGACUGGGAUGAGGACGCACCGCUCGAGAUCCCCGACGAGGAUGCCGUCAAGCCUGAUGGUUGGCUCGAGGAUGAGCCAUUGACCAUCCCGGACCCUGACGCACAGAAGCCCGAAGAGUGGGACGAGGAGGAGGAUGGAGAGUGGUUCGCUCCCAGCAUUCCCAACCCCAAGUGUGAAGCUGCUGCUGGUUGUGGCGAGUGGGUCCGACCCAUGAUCCGCAACCCCGCAUACAAGGGCAAGUGGUCAGCACCUCUGAUCGACAACCCCGAGUACAAGGGUGUUUGGGCUCCUCGCAAGAUCCCCAACCCCAACUACUUUGAGGACAAGACGCCUGCCGACUUCAAUCCUAUCGGCGGUGUCGGCUUCGAGCUCUGGACCAUGGACGAGGACAUCCUGUUCGAUAACAUUUACGUCGGUCACGACCCAGCCCAAGCCAAGGCUUUCUCCGCAGAGACUUUCGACCAAAAGUUCAAGAUCGAGCAGGGUCAGGAAGAAAAGGAGCAGGAGACCGCCACUAAGAAGGCUGAAGCGGCCGCAGAAGCAGCUGCCGGUUUCGUCGGUCAGGUUCGCACUCACGUCAACACUUUCAUAGGUAAAGCACGACAGGAUCCCAUUGAAGCUAUCAAGGAGAUGCCUCAGGUCGCAGGUGGUCUUGGCGCUGCUUUUGCUGGGUUGCUCGGUCUUGUUGGUCUCUUGGGAGGUGUUCUGGGUGGUAGCAGCAAGGUUCAGGUCACAACUAAGGACGGUAAGAAGGUCGACGCUCCUACGGCUGCUGAAGGCAAGGCAAAGGAGGUUGCCGCUUCAGCUAAGGCUACUGCUGUUCAGGCGAAAGAUGCUGUUAAAAAGCGUGCCAACGCUGUCGCUGCCAAGGUUGGCGAUGCUGAGGAUGACGAGUAA